AAUUGUACAAAUUGCAAAGGAAAAGUGAAAAACACAUUCAAUCGAUUGAAAAAAUCUUUUUUAACGUGAAAAAGUGCUGCAUUUUCGACUCAAACUAUCUGCAAAAGGAAGUCGGUGUGCUUCUGCACGCGCUUCACUAGAAAUUCGUCCCGUGCGCGAUGGAAUUCGGGGGGAAAAGUGGAUUUUUCGCCUGGCCUCAAAAGUGAAGUUUCCAUACAGCACCCAUUGUUGCAAGGUAGACGAAAAAGAAAUCAAUCGAACGGGAAGAAGAAGGCAGAGCAACAGAAGUGGAUACAAAAACAGCAAACAACCAGUAAUCGAACAUCACUCUACUAGGCGAGAAAACAAGAAAGGAAAGUGGGGAGUUUUCUCCCAUCCCAGUGCAACGGCGCUCGUUCGGCUAGAUUGUGGCAACCAAUUGCUCUUUGUGUUUAGGUUGGGCGGAGUCCUGGUCAAGGUUAUGAAAUGAAUUUGGGCACGUCUGGAAGCGUAGAUCUCCACUUUCGGGCGCUUCCGUAUCUGGAUAAGAAAUGGAUCAAAGCGGAGGUCAGUUCGGCUUUGCGCUGUUCGGAGGAUUUGUCGAACCUGUGGAACCACCUGGUACAGGAUGAGGAAAUUGUCACGUGCAAGUUGCAGACGUCGAUAAAUGCGGCCGGGGAUGUCGCUUACGCCCGGUCAGAUGGAAAGUACUACUGCGGGGUUCCGUCGUUAAGUUGCUCUUGUUGUAAGGGGAUAUGCAGUGCCACUUCGAACUGUUGCUGUGCCGCCUGCCAAUUGUUGGAGACGGAAGAAACGGGUCCCACGAAAAAAGGGUCUUGUUCGGCAGCAUUGCAACAGUUGAAUCAGCAGAACCAUAAUGAAUCCGCUGGUUGCUGCUCGGGAACAAUACUGGAAUCCUGGCUGUGGAGUCCGAUUCCAAGUAUGGAAGAGAAGCGCGCUUGCACCAAAAAGUUAAUAGCUGAACAAAGAGAAAUUUGUCUGCAGGCAGCUGCCAAUUGUUUAUCCUCAACUCGAACCAAACAACUGCUGUUCGUUUAUCGACGGUAUUUUAUAGCAUUGCAAAGGUGUAAACCGGAUGAGAAAGCCGCUGCCGAGGAUGGUCGUUUUGGGCUCAGUCAGGAGGUUCUGGUGGCAAGUGAACACGAGGCGGCAAAAUUGAGUAAAAACUCCAGCUUCGAUCGAACGCCGAUGAAGGACUGCGACAGGGCAACUUUCGGUUUGGCACGUGUCGGAACCCGAGCGGCGCUAAAUUUCUCCUUUGCGUUUUUGCGACGUGCCUGGCGCUCCGGUGAAGAUGUGGAACUGUGCAGCGAAUUGCUUUCCGAGGCUUUGGAAGCUCUGCAAACGUUACCGGAAGCGUCACUUUUCGACACCUCCCAGAUGUCGUCCCUUUGGAUUGAAGUGGUCGAAAAGUCGAUUAAAUUUUUACGCCAAGUAGUACUCGGAGACGUGAUGGGAGGUCGCUGCCUGGUGCCGAAAGCAGAUCGCCACAUUGCGCUUAAUUUGCUGCUCGAGAUGGGUGCUCAGAAGGGUACAUUGGGUGGAUCGUUGGAAGGAAUCUCGCUACUGUUGACGUUGCACGAGAAGGACCAGGAGAGCGAGGACAAUCGAAGUCCACCCCAGAGCACUGGAGCACCGCUUGUUCCACUGGUCAAACGUUACGAACAGAUCGGUAGCUUUACCACGUACAAUGCUGGCGAUUCGUUUCACUUUGGCCCGACCGAAUCGUUUCUUCGAUUUCUUACACUACCGGAAAACGAGACAACUGACGUCGAUUUGAAGCAAGCAGCGGUAAUCAUCAUCAGUCAUUUGGAUCGGUUAGCGAAACCACACUUGCCUGCGGGAAAUUAUUCGAUAAAGGCGGUCAACAAAUCUCACCAGCAGAAAAUUUUCACCCUCGGCUGGAGUUCCUGUUCACCAGAGAUGUACGGGUUCACAUCGGAAACUAGCAAUGGUACGGCACAGCUUUUCGGGUCGGUUCCUCGCUAUUCAGCGGCAACCUUCGAACUUCCGCUUGCGCUGCAAGCAAAACAGGUAGCCUGUACAGAGAAUAGCAUCUACAUUCUGACGACCAAUGGACAGAUUUUGUCGCUUCAUUCGAACUGCACGGAGAACAUCACACCAAAGACGGUGGAAGGAUUGGAGGGAGUUAACGUAGUGAAAAUUGCCGCUCAUUGUGAAGGAAGACACGUGUUGGCACUCAGUUCGGCCAGUGAGAUUUGGUCGUGGGGUGUAGGUGAAGGUGGAAGACUAGGGCAUGGUGAUACUUCUUCAAAGGAAAUUCCAGCCAGGAUUGUGACUCUGGUGGAGAAACAAAUAUGUGGAAUUUUCUGUGGUGCGUCCUACAGUGCGGCGAUAACCUCCAGUGGGGAGUUGUACACGUGGGGUCGAGGAACGUACGGUCGGUUGGGUCACGGCAAUUCGGAUGAUAAGUUCGUACCGAUGCAGGUCCAGGCGCUGAAAUCCUACAAUGUUGUGGAUGUAGCACUUGGAAGUGGUGAUGCUCACUCGAUGUGUGUAACGGAUGGUGGCUUGCUGUUUGCCUGGGGCGAUGGAGACUUUGGCAAGUUAGGCAACGGUUCCUGUAAUGGAUCUCCGAUUCCGGUGCAGAUCGAAGGAGUAGCAAAUGUUGCGAGGAUUUUUUCCGGAUCUCAAUUUAGCGUAGCUCUCAGCUACGACGGUAAAUUGUACAGCUGGGGAAAAGGUCACGGUGGUCGGCUAGGUCAUGGAAAUUCAGAACAUUCCAACGUUCCACUUUUGAUCCACGCCCUGGAGGGAAAGAAAAUUGUUGACGUGGCGGUGGGAUCUGCGCAUUGCUUAGCAUUGACGAACUCGGGAGAACUUUACGGCUGGGGUCGAAACGAUUACCAGCAAAUUUGUCCAUCGUGCGUCUCACGAGAUCCGAUCAUUCAAAGCCCGAUCCUAACCACUCCACCAACGUUAAGAAUAUCCGGUAUGAGCUGCGGAGCAGCCCAAAGUAUCGUUUGGUGCCACUCGUCCACACUGGGUGUAGCUGCAAAGAUUGCAUUUGUUGUGGAUCUCAGUGAACACACAUUCCGUAUGCUAGACCAACUUCUCUGCAUGGUUUGCAACACUGCAACCGGCCCUGGAGAUAUUCGACAUCCACCGAGUCAGGAAGCAGAAUGCGUCGCGGUAGCAUCUUUAAAUCUUCUGCGGCUUCAACUGCACGCGAUGAUAGUGAACAACGUCUCGGCUCGACAAGUGGGCCUCGUGGAAGGAUCGCGUCUACUAGCCAGCCUAAAGUCUCGAAUUCUUGCUUUGGCCGGAGGUCCUGUAAUUCUCAAAACUAUCCAGGAAGCUGCCCAGUGGACACUUCAGGUCGGCUGGUCCUUACUAUUGCCAACGGCAUCGGAACGCGCUCAAACGCUAACCUCGCUGCUUCCCGCCGGUCACGAUACGACCACAACCAGCAACAGUUCCGGUCAUCGCUUCAUGACUGAUCUCCUCGUUGGCUCCCUAAUGGCCGAAGGUGGUCUGCAAACAGCACUCAAUCAGGCCAUCAACGCUCAACGCUCGCAAGACUGCACCUCCACUGGGACCCAUUUGUCACUGCUGCAUUUACUAAAACAGCUGCUUCGUAAUAAUUCCAGUUUAACUCAAGCCCGACUGGGUCAACUAAUGCUGGGACCGUAUCUCAAAACAGAGGAAGCUUUUUCCUCUCCGGAACCGCCAUCACCUAGCCUCGAUCUCCUGCAUAAGUUUCAACGACUUUUGCUCUCCUACAUUCAUCAGUCGAAAACAGACGAUCUCAGCGGUGCGGAAGCCCUGCUCGACACAUACAUCCAACAGGUGGUGACGGCAUGUGUGACUACUUUGAAUAAGGCCCACGAAACUAUUCUUCAGGGCAAAGAAGGCGUUCCUGAGAUUCUGAAAAAUGACAUUUCGGAUGCUCUUCUGUACGAACUGCUUAUUGGAUUAGUUCUAAUUCAGCACGAAAAGUCCUUCUUCCUGUCAUCGUUCGACUGGAAUAAACAUUUCAUUCCACUUCUGCACGCAUUGGACAAUUUCAACCGGCUAACGCACGAGGGCGAAGUACACGACUCGGACGAUAUGGGUUGGCCUGGGAUAAUUUGCCGCGGGGCGACAAAAGCGGGCGCACCUGUUCAGGAGGAAACGCUUCUCAUUCGUCACAGUGAUAUCGAAAAUCACUGCAAUGACGGUGGUAAUUGGGUAAUCAUUAACGGAAAUGUGUACGACGUCAAAGACUAUCAAGCGGAUAGCUCCGCUACACAGGACAUUCUAACUGCCAACGCCGGCAAAGAUAUUUCACUGGAGAUCAGUAAUCCUCAGCAUAGAACUGCUUUCGAGUUCAUCACGUCGUUCCUGCGAGUUGGACGCUAUGCAAUCAAUGAAAUUUGCGACAAAGAAACUCCCCGACAAAUGACAACCCUAACGCACUUCCACUCCGAGUGUAUGCUUUCCUAUCUGCUUGGUCUGCGAUGCAGCAUUCUACAGGCGGGAUCCAGCUUGCAGCCAGCGGAAAUUCAGUGUAAGAACCUUUUGAACUCCACUAUUCUGAGCGGAGGCCUGCAGGUGUUACAGCCUAGCAAUCCGUUCGAUGAGGAGAAAGGCGAAGCCCGCAGCAGUGGUUCUACCGCCGGGAGCACUCCCACCGACGCCUCCAGCCAGAUUCCGAUUGCCGACGUACCGCAAAUGGCCAAUUGGCCGUCAGUGCUUAUCUCCCAUCGCGUGGAGAAUAUGUUGUCGAAUUUGGGCGAAGGCAAACUAACCGAUCCGUUGGUUUCCUCGUGGAUUGUUAUCUGCGAACGGUAUUGCAAAGAACACCAUUUGAUUUGGCACCAGGAAUUUCCUCCGGAACAUCCGGUGAUGGAGCUGGAGCGAUUGCUGAUGGCCGUACUGAUUCGACACCAAAAUUUAGGACCUCUAGCGCUUGCCGUUGUAGAUCGAGAGCUCAGUGGCAACUGCUCGAAACCCCCGCCACCGAUCGUCAACAUCAUCAAGAUAGUGCACCAGACAAAGUGGGCCAUUGUCAAGAUGCGCCAACAGUUGAACCGCAGCUACAAAGAGGUGUGCGCUCCGAUGAUCGACAAAUGCCGCUUUUUGCUGUACGAGAUUCGACCCGCUAUAAGCAUGGAACAGCACGGACUAACCAAUCUGCACAUCCUACAUAAGCUACCCCGGUUCAAGGCGCUAGUAUAUCGGGUUAUUGCGGAUAUGCGAGCAGCCAAGAAGCAGUUGGCUUCCGCUAAACCUGAAGACAUCGUGAAUGUUACAAUCCAAAGUCAGUUCAGUAGUUCGAUUACUAAAAUUAAAUCACAGGAGAAUCUCAGCUGUAAGAAUCUCUCCACCGAGAAUCUAGUCCACGAAAGUUUAAUCAAAGUAGAAAGUUUGGAAAGUCUGACGGCAGCUGCUGCUCGUGAUAGGUCCUCUUCGCCGGUAGUAUUAGCCGUCCAGAAACAUGCUGCUUCCGAUGAAAACCUGCUGAGUGUUGCCAGUGCAGAGAAUGCUCCAGUUAACUGUAAUACUGCAGGAGGAGGAGUCAUAAUAGGAGGAGGUGGUGACAAUGGUGGCGACAAAAAGAUUUCCCUUACGAGCGAAGAAAUCAAAACGCCCACCAAUGAACUGAUCGAUUACAAUAGUUCUAAAAUGAAAAAUCCUGAUGGUGGUGAUGAAUUUAUCAAUAACGUAAUCGCUAGUUUGAGUGAAAAAUGUCUGAUCGAAUCGUAUCCAUCGGAAUUCAAGAACGGCGUCAGCCAGCAGAUUGUGGAUUUUAUUCUGUACGAUUUGUGCGAUGUUGAAACGCUGCGACGUGCGAUGUAUUGUCAGAUUCAACGCUAUCAGAUUCGUAAGCAGGGUUUGGAGAUGUUCUACGAGUUGUUGAAGAUUGUAGGACUUUUCGAUGCGGCUCAGUAUAAUUUAUUCAACGGCUAUUUAGGGUUGCAUGUGGCGAAGGAAUACGAUCAGAAUGAGAAGCACAUUUUGGAAAAUCUAAACAUGAUAACGGCUUUCCAGAAAGCGGACAUUCUAAUCGCGCAGGCGAAAAUUAUCGAGUGGAGCGUGGCAGAGCUGCAGAAGUACGUGAAUCAGGAGAAGAUCAACGGGCGACAUCGCAACCACGGCGAGAAGGACAAUUCCAAUCUGGGCACGUACGUGUUUUUGAAAAAGUUGCCUCGGGCUAGAUUUUUGCUUAGUAUUUUUGGAAUCCUGUCGAAAACGUACGAAGCGAACGAGCUGAGUUUGCUGAUCAAUUCCGGAAUACUGGGCAGCAUUAUGGGCCUGCUGAGACAAACUGGAGCUGAUUUGCCGAACAGUCGGAAUAAUACGGAUAUUUCGGUUAUCUACGAAGAUGUGGUGACGAAUCUAAAAUCUUCAAAAGAAGGACUACCUGGUCCGGAAUUGGCAAAGUUAAUGAAGAUCGGUACCAGAAUUGCCCGCGGAGCUGACUGGAAAUGGGGCGAGCAGGACGGUCCAGGUGGAGAAGGAAGAAUUAUUAGUGAAAUUGGUGAAGAUGGAUGGGUUCGCGUCGAAUGGGACAACGGAUCGACCAAUUCGUACCGUAUGGGCAAGGAAGGUCAGUACGAUCUUCGGCUGGCGGACAGUGCGUUGAAAGCACUCUCACCAGAUAAGGACAGCGAGAAGGAUGAUUUCGUCGAUCCGCAUCUAUACAGCGAGUCUCAUCCGACCAAACUGUUGCGUAAUGUUUGCAUCAAAACGCUGCAUAUGAUGUUCGCCUCAGUCGGAAUGCAUGCCGAUCGGAUGCAGGAGAAUUCUCUGCGAAGCGUCGCGUCCAUGUUUCGAGCUAUUUUUACCAAUCGGGCCACUAAUUACAACUUUGGGCUUGAACAGUGGACCACGUUGGGAUUUUUAAGAGCCAUCUCGUCUUCGAAAGCUUUGUCCAAGCACCUCACCUCGCCAGUUUGGAUCGAUCUCGCGUUUGAGGUGCUGAAUUCUCCGAUCACCUGCAAGAAGGAUGUUUAUAAGAAGCUGCACUGUUUGCGUCUGCUACAGUCAACGUUGAUCAAUUGGAGCCAAGGUGACGCCAGUCGAGUUGAUGAUAUUAUUGUCAAACUGUUCGAAGUGCUCGGACGGAUCAGUUUGUAUUGCCCGAAUGACCUCUCGCUGUUGAACAACUUGGCAGAUGUCAAGUCUAGGGUGCUGUACAGUGCUUCGCACACGGGAACGAUUGCCGAAGAAAUCAUCGUUCUUAUACGGAAGCUACAUACAUUGCCCCUCUGGAAUGACAACAUCAAUUCGUUUAUUGCACAGAAGCUCUGCCUAGUUGCGGAUGUAUUUUUAGUACAUGAACUGGAGAUCAAUUUCGAAGGAGAAAAAGCUUCUAUCAUGGGAACUUUGUGUACAAUCGGAGGUUGCGAUUCCCGUCCUCGGCUCGGAUUAAAUUUGACGCUUGAUGGAGUUCGAGGCACUAUCUCACGGAUGACAAAAAAGGGUAAAGUUGUGAUGAAUGUUCAUUCGCUGGCCGAUAGUAAAAAGAUUCCGAUCUUCAAAGUGGCCGAAUGUGCUGAUAUAGGCGCUUUCAGUCUUUCGAAGCUGACCAUCAAUGAAAUGCUACUGAAUUCGUGGGCUGUACUAUUCUAUGGCAUCGGCCAAACACCAAUGAAUGUUGCCAACAGUAUCAAUACACAGCUGCUGCUAACACAGCAAAUCAAUUUUUCCGCUUUAAAAGCAACCAAAGUCCUAUUCCGACACCAAAGUUUACUGAGGAAAAUUCUGCGUCAACGAUCACCAGGAAUCACACGCAGCUCUUCGAAGGACAGUCUAUCGGAUCGGGACGCCAGCCCCGAGGACGGUAAGAGUCGCAGUGAAUCCAACACGUCGGACGAGUCUCAUACCUACACGGAACUGUUGAUUCAAACCGUCCUGAUUCGAGCGACUCAACCAAGUCCACUAAAAGCAUGCUACUCGUUUCAGGAGAUGGAAUUGGCCGCGCUUAAUAUUUCGCAGAUGCUCGCUAAUUACGUCCACAACGAGCUGAACGCACCUUCCGGUUCGAAUAAGCGUGCGUUUCCCAUCAGUCAACCGACGAUGAUUCACGGUGUUCCAAUAUAUAACAACGAGUCUGCACUGGACGAUGCCCAAACACCAUCCGGAGCAGAGGUAGCGGCUAGUUUAUCCGCAGCAAGUGGAGCUCCAACCGCUGUCGGCUUUAGUCGAGGAACAGCCCGACGGAGUCCACCUAGUCCGCUGGUGGCUCAAAUUAUGGAGAUGGGAUUCACCAGAAAAUCGGUAGAAACAGCGAUCAAGAGUUUGACCUUACAUACCAACAUUCGGCCAACUGCCGAGCAGGUGGUUCAGUGGAUUUUAGAACAUCCGGAUGUAACGGCUAAUCUGGGCGGGAAAGGUGACGAUAAUGAUGCCCACAGUGACACGGAAAGUGUUAGCUCGGAUACCAUGGAGGGCGGCUCGUCGCUACAUGAUUCGCAACAAGUAUCCUAUAAGCUCAGAGAUGAUUUCAAGACGGCCGACCAAUAUGCUAUGUAUGUGAGAGGAUUUAUUUGUCCGGGAAUGCUGGUACGAUGCUGUCAAGAUUUCGAAGAAAUUCGCAAAGGAGAUAUAGGGACGGUUCUGAAGGUGGAACCAGAAGGACUGCACGAUUUGAAUGUCAGAGUUGACUGGCAGAUGCACGAUCGACCCUAUUGGAUGCGUUUCGGGCACUUGGAACUGCUGGAGGCACCGCCUUCGGAGAAUAACUCCACGAUUAGUGUUGGGUCGCAGGUCAGAAUACGCAACAGUCAACAUUUUCGAUACCGAUUAAACACGGUGCCCCGAGGUAGUAUUGGAACUGUGAACUCGAUUAACGGUAACGAAGUUACCGUAGAUUUUCCUCAGCAGACCAUGUGGAAUGGGCACCUAAAUGAACUGGAGUUAAUAUCAAGUACGCUACACCUACCUGGGUUAGGGCAAGGUGGGACCUACGACAUAAUAGACGAUUGGUCACGUUGUAUUCGAUCGCUCACGGUAUCUUCGAAUGAGGGUUCUGCUAAAAACCUACUCGAUCGUAGCGCUAAUUACUGGCAGAGCUCAUCCACCCAAGGGAAGCACUGGAUUCGACUGGAAAUACAUGAUCAACUGUUUAUUCAAUCGCUCUCAAUUAACGUUGAUCCGGAUGAUUACUCGCACAUGCCUUCACUGGUUGUUAUCCGCGGGGGCGAUUCAGUAGCCACUCUCAAGGAACUCCACUGGGUGUCGAUAAAUCCGACGGAUGUUGUCGUUCCACUGCUGAACGAUUGUCGCCAGUACUACGCAUGGAUUGAAAUACUAAUUAAGCAGUGCCGCAACAACGGAAUCCAGUGCAAGGUCCACGGAAUCCAGAUUGUCGGCAAACGAAAGCCAACCGACUUGGAGAUGAUGUUGCAGAACGCCUCUUUCCUGGCAUCGGAAAAUGAUUCGGCGGCCGAACCGAGCUUUACGACUUCCUCCAAUUAUGCCGACGAGCAAGCUUCGAAUGAAAUCAGCUCUAAGGUGUUAGUUUGGGGUCUGAACGACAAGGAACAGCUUGGUGGUCUCAAGGGAUCUAAGGUUAAAUUGCCCACCUAUUCGUCGGUUCUAAGCCAGCUGAAGCCGAUCCACAUCGCCGGUGGAUCUAAGUCGUUGUUUAUAGUGUCACAGGAUGGAAAACUUUACGCUUGCGGAGAGGGAACCAACGGUCGCCUUGGCCUAGGUCAUAACAACAAUGUCCCAACACCCAGACCGGUCCCGAUUUUGAACCAGUACGUAGUCAAGAAGGUGGCUGUUCAUUCUGGGGGAAAGCACGCGAUGGCACUCACACUGGAUGGGAAAGUGUUUUCUUGGGGUGAAGGAGAGGACGGUAAGCUAGGUCACGGAAAUCGAUUGACCUUGGAGAAACCGAAGCUAAUUGAAAGCUUACGAACUAAGCGGAUUCGCGACAUCGCGUGUGGAUCUAGUCAUAGUGCAGCGAUUACUAGUUCGGGAGAGUUAUACACCUGGGGUUUGGGAGAAUAUGGUCGCCUGGGUCAUGGUGAUAACUGUACUCAAUUGAAGCCGAAGCUGGUAACCGCUCUCCAGGGUCAUCGCGUGAUUCAAGUUGCCUGUGGUAGCCGAGAUGCCCAAACACUUUGUUUGACUGAAGAAGGAUUGGUGUUUUCCUGGGGCGAUGGAGACUUUGGAAAGCUUGGCCGCGGCGGCUCUGAAGGGUGCUCGGUUCCGCAUCAAGUCGAACGUUUGAACGGAGUUGGUGUGGUUCAAAUUGAGUGUGGAGCUCAGUUCAGCUUGGCGCUUACUAAAGUCGGUGAAGUGUGGACUUGGGGUAAAGGAGAUUACUAUCGACUGGGUCACGGAACUGAUCAGCAUGUCAGAAAGCCUACUCCAAUCCAGGGGCUGCGUGGGAAAAAGGUUAUACACGUCGCUGUGGGUGCGUUGCACUGCUUAGCAGUUACCGAUAACGGUCAGGUGUAUGCCUGGGGAGAUAAUGAUCAUGGCCAGCAGGGAUCCAGCAAUACAGUCGUCAACAAAAAACCUAACUUAGUGCUUGGUUUGGAUGGAGUAUUUGUAAACAGAGUUGCCUGCGGUAGUUCUCAUUCGGUCGCCUGGAGUAUGCCACAAAACCCUUCAGAAAAAGACAAAAAGGAACCUGUUCCGUUUGCAGUCACCAAAGACCCGUUGGGAAGUCAUAGUUUAGGAAUAUACGCCACCGACACAGAACCAACGACAUUGCAACCACAAGCAGGUGUUCCGAAUUCAAAACAGCAGCGACCUUCACUAUCGGAAAGCGUUCUCUCACUGGAAACUUACGGCGCAAGACAAGCAGCUCUCUCACACAUCCUCAAUGCUAUGAGUAUUCUCCAUGCAAGAUCGUGCAUUAUUGCUGCUCUAACCGGACACUCACAGCUGAACUUGCAACAGGACAAGGGUUCCGAAGGGUACAUGGAAACGCGUCCCAUAACUCCCAUAUCAGAGAACGACCUGAACGAAGUAAAAACCGAUGCCGAGACUGUGAAACAGCAACAGAACGAAGUUAUUGCUCACGGUGGAGGCGAGGCACCAGCGGAUGUUUCCGGAUUGACGUCCAACGACAUAAACGAUUAUGACAUUCCGAUCGUAUCCGGUAUGAACAACACGUUGAGUGCCUAUCGUAGCCUUACGGGUUCACUCUCGUUAUCGGCGUCAAUUUCCAGCUGUAACGCAACUCAGCGCCAGUCAAAAAUGUCGGCAAGUGCAAUGUCCGUUAUGGCUGCCACCAUGACUCAUCACGACGAGAUUAUGAAUGAAGCCACAAUCGCCAAUGGUCUCGAUGAUUUCACCGUACUGCUAGGGGAAUCUGAGGCAAAGCAUCUGAUCGAACUGCUGAAACUAAGCGUCAGUGGUCGAACGGGACCUGCGAAAACAUCCGAAACGAUUGCAAACACCCUGAUCGCUUUGGCCCGUGGCAACACAACCAUCUCGAACAUGUUGAUCGAAACCUGCAUCACGGAGCUGGAAGACUUGUGCACUUCGAGACAUUCACUUGGAAAGCUGCCGAAACCGGUUGUGCAGGAAACAAGUCAUCCGUACAUCGAUGAUAUCUCACUAGUCGGUCACGUUAAAAUCCCAGGAGCUGAUUCGCUUCGGAUUGAAUUCGAUAGCCAGUGCUCAACGGAACGAAGAAACGACCCACUUAUUAUUAUAGACGGCUCCGGACGGGUCAUAGCAAGCCGUUCCGGUAGAGAGUGGGCUCAGUGGGCUCCGGAAAUUCGAAUUCCGGGUGACGAAAUGCGUUGGAAGUUUACCAGUGAUAACUCGGUCAAUGGUUGGGGUUGGCGUUUCUACGUGCACGCCAUCAUGCCCGAGUCCUACUUGCAGGAAUUAGGAUCGGAUCGGACUGUGCUUUCACAACCGUCAAUCGCUAUGGUUAUGGCGCUACUCGACUCCUCUCUGGUGCCACACGGAGGAAAUACUCUCAUCCGCCUGGCAGCAGCUUUAUCCCAGUGUGCACAGCUUAGCUCACUUACGGUUGCUCAACGGAUUUGGUCACUGAAAAAGAUGCAUCAAUACCUGACCGCUAAGGAUGCCUUUCGUUCUCUCGAACCAGCCAUGGUUGAGAUUCUGAGCCCAUUAAUUCCGAUAGUUCUACGACAGUACGAAUACGAAGAACCGCAGGUUCGAAGUGGACUUCAUCUAAUGCACUCUGAAUAUUUUAAAACAUUAGUAGCACUAGCCUGUGACAUGCAGCUAGACUCCCUGCUACCGCAUGGUGACGCACACAAGUGGGCCUGGUUUCGACGAUACUGUUCGGCCGUACGAGUAGCACAGUCAUUAAUCCGACGAAACACUCUUCCCCCUACCUUCACCUUGGAAGUUCGCAAGAAACUAAUCGAGAUUGCAUCUCCCGCGGCAAAUCCAACGAUGCAAAACACCAGUACCAAUAGCCUUACCAGCAGCAACUGUUCUCUGAUUCAACACACUUCCAGCACGUCGAAUCUCAGCCAACAGGGAUUCGAAUCGGGAGGUUCACUGCACGGAAGUGAGAUUGAAUCGAUCGAUACCUCUAAGUAUAUGCACGAGGAUCACGGCUACUUCACACCGCAGUAUGAUUCGCAACUGUUGCAGUGGUUCAAUCGACGACCGGAAGAUUGGGCCUUCUCGUGGGGUGGUGCUAGUACGAUCUUUGGAUGGGGACACAACCACCGCGGUCAGCUGGGAGGGCUGGACGGUAGCCGAAUCAAAAUACCAACUCCGUGUGAAGCUCUAAGCUUACUGAGACCCAUCCAGAUUGCCGGUGGAGAACAGACACUGUACGCGGUUACUCCGGAUGGAAAGUUAUAUGCGACCGGGUACGGCGCAGGUGGUCGGCUGGGUAUAGGUGGAACAGAUUCGGUAUCGACGCCGACACUGGUGGAAUCGUUGCAGCAUGUGAUUAUCAAGAAGGUUGCUGUAAAUUCGGGUGGCAAACAUUGUCUGGCGUUGUCUUCCGAUGGGGAGGUGUUUUCUUGGGGAGAAGGUGAAGAUGGAAAACUAGGACAUGGCAACCGGGAUAGCUACGAUCGGCCGAAGUUAAUUGAAGCACUGUCCGGAAUUGGUGUCAUUGAUAUUGCGUGUGGAAGUGCGCAUUCUGCCUGUAUUACUUCGCAAGGACAUGUGCUAACUUGGGGUAAAGGAAGGUACGGUCGAUUGGGACACGGCGAUUCGGAGGAUCAACUGCAACCGAAGCUGGUGGAAGCGUUACUAGGAUAUCGGGCGAUCGACAUAGCCUGCGGCUCUGGAGAUGCGCAGACACUUUGUAUUACUGAUGAUGAUAACGUUUGGAGUUGGGGAGAUGGAGACUACGGCAAGCUUGGUAGAGGAGGAUCGGAUGGUUGUAAGAUCCCUAUGAAAAUCGAAAGUCUUGCCGGUCUUGGAGUUGUUAAGGUAGAAUGUGGAUCGCAGUUUUCCGUAGCGCUGACACGCUCAGGUAGCGUCUAUACUUGGGGUAAAGGAGAUUAUCAUCGGCUUGGUCAUGGCAACACCGAUCACGUGCGUCGCCCGAAAAAAGUUGCAGCUCUACAGGGGAAGAAAAUUAUCUCUAUCGCUACGGGUUCGCUUCAUUGUGUUGCUUGUAGUGACUCGGGAGAAGUUUUCACUUGGGGAGACAACGACGAAGGACAACUGGGUGAUGGUACAGUGACGGCUAUUCAGAAACCGCGACUUGUUCAAUCUCUGCAAGGCAAACAUAUUGUCAAGGUGAUUUGUGGCUCCGCUCAUACGUUAGCGUUGUCGACGUAUCAGCUUAGCGAAGCUGUCCGACCUCCGCCAUCUCCCCCGCUUGAGUAUGAUCUUGUUCGUGAUAUUGCACCGGAAGUUCUUCACGCUCGACUUGUUCUGUUGCAUCAUUUUUCUGAGCUCAUCUGCCCAUGUCUCGCUAUGCUGCCCAUCUCUGGAGAGCUAUCUCUCGGUGCGCUGAAGGAUAUUUUGGUGUAUUCGAUCAAGGAAGCUGGCUUCCGAAAGGUCAUACAAACGACUAUGGUUCGUGAUAAACCGCACGGUCCCGUGAUCGAGCUAAAUCGAAUUCAGGUCAAACGAUCUAGAAUGCGAUCAGGCAAUGGACUGGCUGGUGUCGACGGAAUGAAAAGUGUAUUCGGCCAGAUGGUGCAGAAGCUCCCCCUACUAACACAGGAAGCUCUCUCGAUGCCACAUCGUGUUUGGAAAGUGAAGUUUGUUGGUGAGAGUGUUGAUGACUGUGGCGGAGGUUUCAGUGAAUCCAUUGCGGAAAUGUGCGAUGAGUUGCAGAACGGCAGCGUCCCACUGUUGAUUCAAACUCCAAACGGUCGCGGUGAAGCUGGGGCGAAUCGGGACUGUUUCUUGCUGGAUCCGACGCUCAAUUCGGUGCUGCACAUGAACAUGCUCAGGUUCCUUGGAGUAUUGAUGGGGAUCGCUGUGCGAACCGGAUCGCCACUAAGUUUAAAUUUGGCCGAACCUGUGUGGCGUCAACUUUGUGGAGAAACACUUCGUCCUUCCGAUUUGACAGAAGUGGACCGAGACUACAUCACGGGAUUACUUUACAUUCGAGAUAUCGAGGAUGAUCCGAAAGCAUUCGCAUCGAUGGAGUUACCGUUCUCGACGCCAUCGGCCAAAGGUCACGAAGUUCCGCUAUCCACAAGAUUCACCAAAAUUACCCCCGAUAAUCGCAAGGAAUACGUGAAGUUGGCAUUGAACUAUCGGAUUCAUGAAUUCGACGAACAGGUUAAGGCCGUCCGUGAUGGUAUGUCGAAGGUUAUUCCUGUGCCCUUGCUGUCGCUAUUCUCCGCUGUGGAGCUGCAGGCCAUGGUGUGCGGCUCUCCAGAUAUUCCUCUUUGCUUGUUGAAAACCGUAGCCACCUACAAGGGAGUGGAAUCAACAGCUUCGUUGGUUCAAUGGUUCUGGGAAGUAAUGGAGGAGUUCACUAACCAGGAGCGAUCGCUAUUUCUUCGUUUCGUGUGGGGCCGCACCCGGUUACCCCGAACGAUCGCCGAUUUUCGUGGGCGAGAUUUCGUAUUGCAGGUUCUGGACAAGUACAAUCCACCGGAUCAUUUUCUACCGGAAAGCUACACCUGCUUUUUCCUGUUGAAGAUGCCGAGGUAUUCGUGUAAGGCUGUACUCCAGGAGAAGCUCAAGUAUGCCAUCUACUUUUGCAAAAGCAUCGACACCGACGAAUAUGCACGGGUAGCGAUGGGCGAUCCAACGGAAGCCACCGGCAGCGAGGAUAACAGUGACAUUGAAUCGAUUGCUUAGAUAGAGCGGAGAAACCGUGCCUCUGGGAGAGCUUAUACGACUGAUCAUUUUACAAUCCAAUUACCAAAACAAAACAAACACGCUAAACAAUUGAUUAGAACGAAACGAAUGGCAAUUGUCUAUUUUUCUGAGAGCAAAGUUGCUUCUUUUAUGAAAUACCGCACGUCUGUGUGCAUACCAAUCCGAGUUUAACAUAAAACAAUCGCUACACUGUUUGCACACGAUUAAUUUAAUUAUCAUGCCUUUUAUCGUAAGAUUAGCUAUUGAUAGAGGUUUUCAGUCACAUUUCAUCUGUCGAAAGUAUUUUUCGUCUACUUGAAUAGAGGAUAAAUUUUAUUCUGCCGAAGGCAAAAUUUGACGAGGUCUUAAUAUUAGAAUUGCAAUAUCAUCAGAAAGAAAUAUUUUGUGUGUACAAAGUAUUUUACCAACAGCAGAAACUAUGACAGAAACUCUUAAUUUGAUUUAAAAGUUAAAUGUUUGUAAUCAAAUUAUUAGUAGUGAUGAAUCAAUACAUUUUACAUUUCCUAUUAGUUUAUGCAGUUCAAGCCGACAAGUUUAAAUAUAAUUGAAAACCUCUAUGUUACAGUCGAAAAAUAGCUGAGCAGCUAAAAAACGAAACAUUUCUAAAGUUUACCAAAAAUUAUGUUCUACACAGCUUCUGUUGGUUUGGUAAUGAAUCUGGCUUUUCGCACUCAAAUGCACUUUGAAGCAUAGCUGAUGCAAGAGUGAUUAGUAGUAAUUAACGUUAGAAAAAAGAGUUUGAAAAUUGCACCGAUACCCACAUACCAAAAUAAUGCAGCCAUUUCUGUUCUAAAUUUGUAGCUGUAGGUUGCACAUAGAUCGACUAACGAUAACAAGUUGAGUCCGCAAAUAGCGUAAAAAAGUAUAGAACCUGCGGACGCUUUCGUCACAUGGUUUUUAUUUGUUUGCAAAAAAGUCAUUGUUAAAGAAGCAGUAGCAGUUAAAUAUCCACUAUCUACUAUCAUAGUAUACAUAUAUAUAGAGCGUUAUUUCUAUUAAAACAAAACAUAUGAUGGCGAACGAGAUAAAAAUAACAUCAAAAAUCGAAAACCAAUCAUCCUACUUCUAUAUAGUUGGUGGCAGCUGUAGCAUCUGGCAUCGUAGAUUAUAGUGAUUGACAUUUCCAACACUGCUGAAAGUGACCGGUAGAGUCAAUAGUCAAUACAUAUUUAAAAAAAUGCAUAACUCGAUCGCCAGUAAUUCGAGUGAAAAGAAAAGAAACUCGAUUUUGGCAUCGACUGCCGAUGAAAUAGCAGUAGCAAAACAUGUUUACUAAACACAAACACACAAAAACACAUGUGAGUCCUAUUGGCCGCUCAAACGGCAAUCAUUGUGUAACUAACUGGUAGCAAUUUAGUAGCUUCUGCUAAGAUAUUUAUUUAGAAAUUAAACUAAUUCAGCUAAAUUAUUAAACAAAACGAUAAUGAAACACCCUUCGUUAGACUGAACUUAGUCACGUUAUUUUUCAAACUGUGCCGCCCGCAUAUCAUCAGUUAUUGAAUAGUUUGAGCCAACUUUAGUAGCUAUAGUCUAGCCGAGGGAUAGUUGUAAGCUGUGUGCCGUGAAACACCGUCUGCGCAUCAGUAUUGUUCCUUAUUCGACGGUGCGAAUGCCCGGCAAUGAGCGAAAGCCGCGCCAAGCCGCUGAAGUGUCGUUGUUAUAUCGCCGCCCUUUUUACUGACUAACUUGAGACCAAACCACAACCAAACUCUAAACGCAUCUCAACAAACAACUUGUAGAUCUAUACGGUUCAUUCUCGCGAAACUUUUAUAGAUUUUCCACGCGUAAGCUUGGUGUGACAAACAUUAAAAAAAACCUAGUUUCCUUUUUUAUUUUUUUACCAUUCUGUGAUGCUUUUUACGUUCAAAUAUCUCACGAAAUGAACACACACGAAACACAAACUGAUUUAGCAAUCAUAAUAUAUGUGUCUUCAAGGAAAAAAUAGUAA